GCGUCACAGCGAGACGGAAAGUCGGCGGCGGGCGAGGGAGGGCUGCGCUGGGCCUGCGCUUGUGGGGUGCUGGGGUCAUGAGCGGGCUUGGCCCCUCGCUUCCCAGCCGCAGCGGAGCAGCACCGCUGCCCAGCGAGAGGCAUCGAGAGGCGCUGGUCGCCGGUUCCGCCAUUCAGCCCAUCAUAAAGGAUGUUGGGGAAAUCUAUUCAAGACUACUGGAUCACAGACCAGUAAUUCAGGGAGAAAUACGCUACUUUAUUAAAGAAUUUGAAGAGAAACGUGGUCUGCGAGAACUGCGAGUGCUGGAAAAUCUCAAGAGCACCAUCUUUGAAACGAAUGAGCUUGUUCUCCCCAAGUGUGAGCAGGUGAUGCAUAGCAGCUUGAAUGAAACAUUUAAGAAAUUGCAAGCUGCCAACAGUAUGAUCCAGAGAGUCCAAGAAAGAGAGCAUGAAGCAAGGAAGCUUCGUGAGGACAAGCUGCUGGCUCGUGAAGAGAAGCGCGUAGGCCACUGGGAAGAAUUCAUGAAAGAGCAACAAAACAAACAAGCAGAGGUAGAUGAAGAGCACAGAAAAGCCAGGGAGCAUCUCAAAGAGCAGUAUUCUGAGAUGGAGAAGGAACUGGCCAAAUAUGUUUCUUUUUAAGACCUUUCUUUUUUAAUGAUGCGGAAUUUGUACCAACACUUUCUUGCUUCUGAUGUAAAUUGAGAUUCUUUUGGAAAGGUGAAGCCUAAGAAAACCAGAACAUUUCCUCUGCAGGUUUGGUACUGGAAGAAGAGGUUUGCAGACUUUCAACUUAAGUGCCUAUCGAUGUUCGUUUUGUUCGGGGCAGGUGCAACACCAGUAUUCCUUCACUGGUGGGAAGGUGGAAAUGAAAAUGGCAUUGUGUCACUACAUCCGCUCAGGGAGUUGCAAACUGGAAUUCUCUCCCACCUGCAGAGAGGAUUGUACCAUUUGGGAAAGCAGAAACUAGUGUUACAUUAACUGUCCUGGGGUGCAACAAAAAGUCUAUGUGACAGGUUCCAGCAGUAGCUAGCUGAGAAUUCUCUGGCAAAAGUGUAAAUCUCAUUCAUAGAUGUCAGGAAAACCAACUUGUUUUCCAGAAUGUUUUACUCUGAAGCUUUAGCAAUGAAAGAUCUCAGCAGAGUUUUAAGUCCAGUUGUAAUUCUUACUUUUGGGUUGUACAUUCAGUAUUGAAUUGAGAUUUAAAUGAGUUUUGUUAACACAAAAAUGGCUGAGUGAGCUUGAACAACUCCUUUUUCUCCCUCUGAAUGUCUCAGGCCUCUCUUUCUAAGCUUUACUGUUCUAAGCAAAGCCAAAACAAACUCAAAAUGAAUCAGGAGAAGCAUAUCAGUCUUUUUAUCAGCUUUGAGACUAGUACAGUAUUUACCUUAAAUAUUUGACAUGCCAUUUGUUUACUUAGGAUAAGCUUGUCAGAACUUCAUAAACUAAUAAGCAAAGAUUUUUGUUUCUUUAUCACCAUAACAAAUGAGCAGAUUAGUGGUAAAAUGCCUGUAAAAAGGAUCUGUUUUCUUACUGUUAUAGGGUAUGUAUAAUUCCUGUGUUUCUUUUCUUUAAAGCUUCCAGCUAACAGUGGUACAAAGGAAAAAGUUAACUUAAUCAGCUUGUUAAGCAAGCAGAAUGAAGCACAGUAUGCUAAUGAAAUUUGCUGCAAGCUAACCGUUAACACAGGAAAUCUCUUCCCAUAAUUUAGCUGCUGUCCAGUGUGGAAUGGAAACAGGUGAAAAUAAACAGAAUUUACCCUCUACCUGUACAGCGACAGUGGCUGCUUGUGUAACUUUAGAGCUUGGCGUCAAGGCUCUGGUCCUGGCAGCAUGUUGAUAGUGUGGUUAAAGGUAGUGGAGGAGAUGGAAUAAGCAUUUGAGAUUUUUUUUUCACUAACACUGGAUUGCUGCCAAGCUGCUCUGCCUGCUACUGUAGACGCAGCAGCUUCAUCAAUCAUCGUUGUGUAUCUGGACUGGAAAGAGGACUUGCCAGCGCUGGGACACGCUGGAAUGCCGUUAAUUCUCUUUUGUGGAUGGAAAAGUAUGUCUGUGUCACAAAAGCACACCCCACAUGUGAAAAACAGGGAAGCCUAUUUUAGAACAACUUCUGUUUGAACAGAAAGUGACUUUUCUAAUGUUUUCCACCAUAUGCACCUGUGAUUAAAUGUUGCAGCGAAGCUUAAGAGUUUGAUUUAGAAAUUAAAAGGUGGGGUUUGCCUGUCUCUAGAAUUGGGUGUGGACUAAUUUUGAUCAUUUUGAGAUGAGGCUACAAAUGGCAUUGGAAUGGGUUGCCCAGGAAGGUGGUGGAGUCACGGUCCCUGGAGGUGUUCAAGAAGAGACUGAAUGAGGCACUUGGUGCCAUGGUCUGGUUGUCUGGCUAGGGCUGGGUGCUAGGUUGGACUGGAUGAUCUUGGAGGUCUCUUCCAGCCUGGUUGAUUCUAUGAUCUUGGUCUUGGCUUCUCUCUUGCCAGAUGUGUAAGUGCUCAAAGCCCAAAUAUCUUUAUAAUAAAAAUGCAUUUAACUGCAUACUGAAUUAAUUUUUAUUUUUGCACUGGUAUUUUUCUAUUAAGACUAUCCAAUAAACUGUGCAAUGCAGCUGUAGAUUUUAGGACGUUGUCACACUGAGAUCUCUUCAGUGAUGAUGCAGAUGUUGCAAGUUGGAUAUUCACUGGAGAAUAAAGCAGUGUUUAUAAACUC